GAUUGACACCCUGCGAGGGACACCAGGCACUGAAUGCAUCGUUUUGUAUCGUACGAAAGGGAAAUCUAGCACAAAAGCGUUGAAAUGGUAUUCGAAAGGUGCAAUACGUCAUCAAGAAGUUCAAUACAUGUCGAAAGCCUUGAGAUAACGCCGCUCACGUGCUUAGUGCUUAGCGCGAAUCAAUGAUCCAUGCCCAAAAAUUUACGGUAUUCCGACUUUUAGCAACAAAUUCACAUUUGCCAACUUCACCCAUAUCGCCAGAAUGUUUCUUCUCCGCCGUACUGCCGUUCGCGCCAUCACCGCGUCGCCUUCCAAGGCGUUCCUUGCGAAGCCGCGAUCCAUCAACACCAUAACCCCCUCGGCUUUCCGCCUGAGGCAACAGCAAUGGUCAAUUGCGUCCUUCCAGCGACGAUUCGCCAGCGAUGACGCCAGGACGGCGGACGAGAACUUUGCGCAGACAGCGGCUGAGGCACCGGUCGAAGAGAACCUGACGCCGGCGCAGGAGCAGGUGCAGGCCAAGCCUACUGACGCCUCUGCUACUGUUGGCGCGGAUGCAUUGGCUGCUGCUGCCGAGACCGCAGAGAAUGCCUCGAGGUCACGAAAGCCCCGGACUGAAAGGAACACCACCCCGAACAACAUGCUGUACAUUGGCAACCUGUACUACGAGGUUUCCGCAGAGCAGCUGAAGCGUGUCUUCUCCAAGUUCGGUGAGCUUGAGAGCACCAAGAUUGUCUACGACAACCGGGGUUUGAGCAGAGGUUUCGGAUACGUUGAAUUCAAGAAUAUCGCAGACGCCCAAGCUGCCAUUGACAACCUCGACAUGCAGGUCUUCGAAGGCCGCAACCUCGUUGUCCAAUUCCACGCGCCCAAGCCCAACUCCAGGACCCGUAACAGCGCCUCUGGCAGCUUCGAGCAAAACCCUCCCUCCAAGACCCUCUUCAUCGGCAACAUGUCCUUCGAGAUGUCAGACAAAGACCUCAACGACCUCUUCCGCGAUAUUCGCAACGUCAUGGAUGUCCGUGUCGCCAUUGACAGGAGGACCGGCCAGCCUAGAGGCUUCGCUCACGCAGACUUCAUCGAUGUCGCUAGCGCCACCAAGGCUAGGGAAGUCUUGAAGGAGAAGACCAUCUACGGAAGGCAACUCCGCGUCGACUUCAGCAAGUCUGGCACCCAAAACCAGCGCGACAACAAGCGCUCGGAUUCUACCCAGGAGGAUUAAGAGACGAGGAUUAAAGGAGGCCAAGGACUAAUUACAUGCAAUGGGACGGUUGCCCCACGCUUCUACAACGAAUGAUGUAUGGAGGAAAUGGUCGACGUAUCUGUACGACUACACGACUGGGACAUGCGUCCUGUCGGCUGCAUGCUGUGUUGAUAGGUGGGUCUUGUGUAUCAUAAUGGAAGAGCGUCCGGCGUUGUUAUAUUCCCCUCUUCUUUUGUACAUGGUAUUAGGGUCUAGGUCUAGAGAAGCAAAUCGGUCUAAUGAAACUCUUACGAUGUACAGCACUUAUCCGU